CUCUCCCAGCUGGGCGGUGGGUGCGAGCUGGCCAUGAUGUGUGACAUCAUCUAUGCUGGGGACAAGGCACAGUUUGGGCAACCUGAAAUCCUGCUGGGGACCAUCCCAGGGGACCGGAUUUCUGCGGCGGAGGCGAAGGAGGCAGGUCUGGUCAGCAAGGUCUUCCCUGCGGAGAAGCUGCUGGACGCGGCCAUUGCCUGUGCCGAGAAGAUUGCCAGCAACUCCAAGCUGGUGGCUGCCAUGGCGAAGGAGUCGGUCAACGCUGCCUCACCCCUCCGCUUCUCGCAGGCCGACCGCAAGGAGGGGAUGACGGCAUUUGUGGAGAAGCGCAAGGCAGGCUUCACCGACAGCUGA